UGAACCACGAGAGGGGGAAUAAAUGCCAAUUUGUCUCUGUUCCAGUCUAGACGGUAAUGGCGAUAGCCACGCUUGCUCCCUCUGCCAUCAUUUCCACGCUCGGCCGCAGAAAUUUCUACUCAGCGAAAGCGAUUGCUCCCAAAGAUCGAGCCUUUAUAGGCGGUUUCUCACCCUUUUCUUCUCCCGCUUCAGCUCCACUCAAUUCGCCCUUCUCCGACCGAGAACCAUCGCCGAUUUCUCCUCCGACGUUCUUCCCUCCAUCGCCGACUGGUUCGCCUUUUGGAUUCCAUCGUUCUGAUCGGAUGGAAGGAGGGAGUUACGCGGAGGAGCUGAGUGUGGCGGUUAGGGUGGUUCAGAUGGCGUGCUCGCUGUGCCAGGAAGUUCAGGAGGGGCUCGUUGGGAGGAGGAGAGAGCAGAUUAAGUCCAAGGAUGACGAUUCUCUGGUUACUAUUGCAGAUUGGGGAGUGCAGGCAACCAUUAGUUGGGUCCUCUCGCAGUAUUUUGGAAGCGAGAAUGUCUCCAUUGUAGCAGAAGAAGAUGCUCACACUUUGUCUCGAAAAGAUGCAACCAAUUUACUUGAAUCUGUCGUUAAAGCUGUAAAUGGAUGCCUCGUUGAAGCUCACAAAUAUGGACUCAAACCUCCUCCGAAGCCACUCCGAAGUAGCGAAGUUCUUGAAGCUAUAGGAAGAUGCAACUCCAACGGUGGACCUAAAGGAAGGUUUUGGGUUCUCGACCCUGUCGAUGGCACCCUAGGAUUUGUUCGCGGAGACCAAUAUGCUGUUGCCUUAGCCUUAAUAGAGGAUGGAGAGGUUGUGUUGGGCAUUCUUGGCUGUCCAAAUUAUCCGAUGAAGAAAGAAUGGCUAAGUUAUCAUCAACAAUAUUAUCGACUCAUGUCAAAACUAUCUCCGCCAGUUGCAGGAUCAUGGCAUAAGGGAUGUGUAAUGUAUGCAGUCAAGGGCAGUGGCAAGGCUUGGAUGCAACCGCUUGUCCAUGACCAUGGAAAAUUUGGAUCAAAUAAUCUCUCUACGAAGUCGAUCAAGGUAUCGUCUGUUGAUGAUCCAGCUUUUGCUACUUUCUGCGAACCGGUUGAGAAGUCAAACUCGAAGCACUCGUUUACGGCUGGAUUGGCGCGAAGUGUUGGUCUAAGAAAGCAACCUUUGAGAGUUUACAGCAUGGUGAAAUACGCCGCAAUAGCCUGCGGAGAUGCAGAGAUCUUCAUGAAAUUCGCGAGGGCCGGAUACAAAGAGAAGAUUUGGGAUCAUGCUGCUGGCGUUAUUAUCAUCCACGAGGCCGGCGGCGUCGUCACAGAUGCCGGUGGCAGACCUUUGGAUUUCGCAAAAGGCAUCUACUUAGAAGCUCUCGAUCGAGGCAUCAUCGCUUGUUCCGGUUCGCUGCUGCACGAGAAGAUCAUCAGAGCUGUCGAUGCGAGCUGGGAUUCAUCCAACUUAUAAUAAUUGUAUCAACUCAUCAGCAAUCUUUUUGUUGCAGACUUCACCAAUCAGCAAGCGAAAGGGUUACAUUUUUCAGAAUUCUAGAGAAGGCUGUGAAAUUUGGUUCAGGCUCAAUGUACUGGACCUUGUAGGUAAAAAAAGCUGGAACCUUAUACAGAAAAUGAGAGGAAGGAGAAUCAGUAAUAUUUCUAUUAUACCAUCUUCUUCGUCUUUGUUAUGGUUAUAUCUGCAACAAGCGAUGGCUAAGUGUAAGAAAAGGAUUUGUAAGCAGAAAUGGAGAGUUUUUAUUUUUCUUUUUUUUUAUACAUGAAAUGGAAGCUUAUUGUAUAUAUAUUUUCAUGGUUUCGUGGUUUGAGAAAUUGGAAAAGCUGGUUCUGGUGCAA